GUGAGGCGGUCUUUGUGAGUCGUAGUCGACAUAUCACGCUGUGUGAACACGCUGUGUGAGCGUGAGAGAGUACUUUAGCUGUGUUGUGCCCGCCAUGAGUGCCCACUUAUAAGAGUGUUCCCGAGUACCUUUUUAUAUUAAUCGACAAUGGAUUCGCGGUCCAUUUCACCUGAUUCGGUUUUGCCGCGAGUCAAGAAGCCAUACGCCGCGGCGGCGGCGGCGGCGACGCCUACACUAAUGCCCGCGUCCUCACCGAUAGACCUGAGCUACACACUAGUCAACAAACUCAACACAGACGUCCAGCGACACCCCACCAGUACCACAGGCAACUGCAGCAGUCCCCCCUCCGUCAGAUCUCCGCACACCGACACUACACACUCCGGCAGUUCGAUCUGCACCCCCGGCGGCAGAUCGAACGACACACACCAGAAUACGUCUUCGGGGGAGAGCGCAGACACCCCGGGAGAAGCCAACCACACAGAGAGCCUCGGAGGGAGACACACCUCCUUCUCCGUAGUCGACAUUCUUGACCCCAACAAGUUCGUGGGUCGUGUGCAGGUCACGACGACCGGAGAGGUGACCUCGUCUAUGGACGACACGCGACUACGACCCGACACCUCGGCCAUUUGUGACUCCGACUCCGAAGUGAGCGUCGGCGGCUGCGGCGGCGGCAGCGACGAGGGAGGCGAGGAUGUCUGCGACGACGACGCCGCCGGAGACGACGUAGACGACGGCGGCGUCGCCGCUAAGAAGCGUCGUUGCGACGCCGGUAGCGGCAAGCCGCGGAGAGCGCGAACGGCCUUCACCUACGAGCAAUUAGUAGCCCUUGAAAACAAAUUCAAACACACCCGAUACUUGAGCGUCUGCGAGAGGCUGAACCUGGCGCUGGCGCUCAACCUGACCGAGACGCAGGUGAAGAUCUGGUUCCAGAACCGACGGACCAAAUGGAAGAAGCAGAACCCCGGAUGUGACGUCAACACGCCCACACAGCCACCCAGCCCGCCCGGGAUGCUAUCCUACCACGGCGGGGGGUUUCUGCCCCAGCCUGGGCCCCCCCUGCUGUGCCCAGCACCCCUAGCCUACCUAGGGGGGCAUGCUGGGCACGCCGGCACCUUUCCUGCCCAGGGGGCGCUCACAGCCCUCUACCUACACCACCUGAAAAACUGACAAGCCGCCCACCACUAGCCACGCCCACCACAAGCCACGCCUACGAGAGGCAUCAAAUAUGGUGUCAAAGUUCUCCUGACGGAGCCCUGGGGGCGGGAUGGAUCAGGUGGAUUGGACCGGAGAAUCCGCCUAGCAGCUAGGACGCCGGCAGGAUAAGCUGAGAAGACCGGCUGAGGGUUGAGAACGCCGCCUAGCAGCUGGGACGCCGGCCGGAUAAGCUCAGGAGACCGGCUGAGGGUUGAGAGCGCCGCCUAGCAGCUAAGACGCCGGUCGGAUAAGCUCAGAAAGCCAGCUAAGAGUUGAGAGCGCCGCCUAGCAGCUAAGACGCCGGUCGGAUAAGGUCAGAAAGCCAGCUAAGAGUUGAGAGCGCCGCCUAGCAGCUAAGACGCCGGUCGGAUAAGGUCAGAAAGCCAGCUAAGAGUUGAGAGCGCCGCCUAGCAGCUAAGACGCCGGUCGCAUAAGCUCAGAAAGCCAGCUAAGAGUUGAGAGCGCCGCCUAGCAGCUAAGACGCCGGUCGCAUAAGCUCAGAAAGCCAGCUAAGAGUUGAGAGCGCCGCCUAGCAGCUAAGACGCCGGUCGCAUAAGCUCAGAAAGCCAGCUAAGAGUUGAGAACGCCGCCUAGCAGCUAAGACGCCGGUCGCAUAAGCUCAGAAAGCCAGCUAAGAGUUGAGAGCGCCGCCUAGCAGCUAAGACGCCAGCCGGAUAAGCUCAGGAGACCGGCUGAGCCCCUUCCUCCCCCCCCCCCCUCUUACCCAGCACCUCGUAAGAAUACCAAAGUCUGUAUAUUCCAGUUCGUAAGAUGUGUCGUAAGAUGUAUG